CUCCGCUUCAACAAGAGGAUCUUGAACGUCAACCAUGAUGCUGGAAGUGUCGCCACGCGAGGCCUGUGCACUCCUCGUAUUCACAGCCGCGCUAAUCACAGCCUGGAAUGCCAACUCUAACGGAUUUGUGUGGGAUGACCGAUCCGCCGUCUUGGCCAAUGACGACGCUCAGGGCAGCAGCCUAUUCGAAGUCUUCUCUCAUGACUUUUGGGGAACACAUAUCCGAUCCAUGCACAGCCACAAGAGUUAUCGUCCAUUGACAGUGCUGAGCUUCCGCCUCAACUAUCUAUUGGCCAAGGGCCAUAGUGCAUGGCUCUACCACUGCACCAACGCACUGGUGCAUGCCGGGUGCUCGGUGCUUCUGUGGAAGGUGGCGGACGUGCUGUUCCUGCAACAUCAUCGUCGGGUAGAGACCGUGCCCAUUAAGGAGAACCCACAAGAUUCGUUUCCUGUAGAGAGUGAUAGCAGAAAGAGUACUGCAAAUGUGGGAGAGUGGAAAAUCCUUGUGGGGCCAUUGACGUCGGGUUUGUUGUUUGCGGUUCAUCCGAUCCAUUGUGACGCUGUGGCAAGUAUUGUCGGAAGAGCAGAUUUGCUAUGCACGUCGCUGUCAUUGCUGGCAUUUCUGGCUUAUACCAGUGGAGCGAAGAAGAGUGAGAAGUCGUGGAGGUUUGUUGUGAUGGCCUUGAUACUGACGAUUUUGGCGGGACUCUGCAAGGAGCUCGGGUUCACGAACUUCGCACUAUUGAUGGUGUACGAUCUACUGAGAACUCAUCGGCUCCAAAAUGUGGAGAUGGGCGUACAAUUAAUGCAAAAGAGACUACUCAUAACGGCGAUCACGGGGAUUGUUGCUGCGCUUGUACGAGUCUGGAUUAACGGUGAACAUCGUCAGAUGGAGUGGAACAUCCUUGCUAACAAUGUGGUGGUACAGGAAAGUAGAUUAACGAGAAUGCUGUCCUAUGCACAUCUACACGCAUGGUACCUGUGGAAACUCGUAUGGCCGCGGUGGCUCUGUUUCGACUACGGAUACAACGCCAUCCCAGUAAUCGAAUCUAUCACUGAUCCGCGUAAUGUAUACACCCUAAUUGCAUACGUGGUUGUAGCGGUUGGCCUUCGCAGCGCCAUCCUUCAAUUGGUAGGAUCGAGGAAAACCCCACCAUCGUCUUUAUAUAUGAUGAGUAUUGCGUUUGGAGUUGUUCCCUUUGUCCCGGCUUCGAAUGUUAUAUUCCCAGUUGGCACUGUGGUAGCAGAGAGACUGCUUUACUUCCCCAGUGUCGGAUUCUGCCUCCUCGUUGGAUGUAUUAUUGAUCGAACGUUCUCGAUCAUAGAUAAGCACACGGUACCGAGCACUCUAAUAGGCAGCAGUGACACAAUCCAAUCUGUUUCAAGCUUUACCCAGCCACAUAACUUAUUUGGCGCAGCUCGGUUUGUGGUGCUCAUUUGCGGUACACUCAUUCUCGCGGCAGGAUGCUAUCGAAGUCAUUUACGCAACGCUGACUGGAUAAGUGAACAAACGUUGUUUAAAGCAGCAGUCGAUGUCGUGCCGACUAACGUCAAAGUUCUCUCAAACGAAGCGAAAAAUCUGUUGAAUUCGGAUCCGAAAAGGGCUCUCGACUAUCUCCGCAUCGCGAUCGGAAUGAUACCAAAGCACAUCGAAAGUCAGACGAAUGCUGGACUCGCCUUUGUCACACUUGCAUCCAGAAAUGGUCUGGUCAUGGAUCUUUACCUCCAUGGAAUACGACACCUUUACAAAUCAGCUGUGCUUGCUCCGAAUCACUUCCAGGGUGUUGGAUUUAUUGGCGGUGAGAUAUAUACUCACUGGAUGAAGAAGGCACGACUACGUAACGAUGACGUUACUAUCGGAGAAUUUCUUGGGAGUGAGUCUAUUGCCCAAGCGACGAAGUUUCUGGAUCAUUCAAUCGAUCGCAAUAGUGUCUAUCCAACCCAUUUCUACAAUCGAGGUAGCAUCGCUUAUGAAAGCGGUGACUACGACACAGCAAUCCGAUUUUUCCGUAUGACAGACGUCGCUAAUGGCGUUAUUCGAGACAGAAAAGUUGACCCCGAGUUACUUGUUGAGGCUUCAACUAUCUACAAUAUGCUGGGUGUAUCCUACAAGAAAAAAGGAGAGACAGAUCAGGCUCUAGAUGUGCUUCGUAAAGGGAUUAAGCUGUACCCGGAAGAGAUCGACCUUCACAUUAACACAGCUUUGAUACUGCACGAUGUGGGGAACACUGAUGAGGCUCGCGCACAGAUAAAGGCUGGAUUGGCCGCUGCGGCAACGCGUGAUUACAUUCCAAGGCUCCGUAACUCUGCAAAACUACUUGAAAACGCGAAAAUGACGGACGUCGUGAAGGCACUGUUGGAUCAUGCUGCCAAACUUGAGCGUGACUGUCAAUAAUAACAAAAUUCGUGCAUCCGCUACAGUGCACUUGACUCUCAUGGUCAUGGUGUGACGAGAAGAGUGUUACCGACACGGGUGAUGCAAUUAGAGGGAAGGCGGAUGGCUUUACCCGUAAUCCUAAGCUCGAGUCUCGUCCAGAGUGGUCCCAUGGAUCGCUUCAUCGAUUAACAUUCGGUACGCACUUGUCAGCAAGAAUGCUCAUGUGCAGUUAUGACUGUUCCUGUAGUUAAGCACCCCAUAAAAGGAAUAUAUUAACUUCUUUCCCUG